AUGUUCAAGUUUGUAGCUGUCGUCGCUUGCCUAGCCGUGGCCGCCGCGUCACCGGAUCCAGCUCAUUUCACCUACCCCUUGGCCUACUCAGCUGGAUAUGCUCCUGCUGUAGCCGCUUACAGCGCCGCCGGCCCUAUCUACAACUCGGCCCCCCUCGUCUACUCAUCACCCGUUACAUACCCUGGACAGCUGGGAUACGCGCACCUUAUCAAGAAACGCUCCGUUCCCGUAGUCAGUAACUACGUCGCUUCUGCUCCUCUGGCCACUAGCUAUGCGGCCACUUACAACGCUCCAUGGGCCACAACCUACGCUGCCGGUCCUCUAGCUUACACUGCUCCCAUAGCGACCACCUACGGCGCUCCCCUCGUUCACUCUUCCCCCGUGUACACCGCCGCUCACUUUAUCAAGAAACGCUCCGCUCCUCUGGUCGUGCCAUCUGCCCCCUACAUCGCACCAGCUGCCUACUCUGCUGCCGCACCCCUCGUUUCUGCCUACUCCACAUACCCAGCUGCUUCUAUUUACUCAUCUCCCUACUACCCUGCCUCUCCCUUCGCCUACGCCCAAUUCAUCAAGAAAUGA